UAGAUUCAAUUAACGUGCAUUCAUUUUUUUAAACUAUUUUGUACUCUUAGCAUGUGUGAAUUUCAAUGCGCUUUGUCGAAAUCUGCUGUCAGGAGCCUCACGAGCUCCACCAUCAUCAUCUUCAUCAUUCUCCUCCUCCCCACCCCUCAACCUCUCCCUGCGGGAACGACAAUAUCCAGGUCUUAGCAUUCCCAAUUUGGAAUUGCAAAUCCUCGCUAAAGGAACCAAUUUGAUCGGCGCAAACCGCAUUCUUUCUUAAAUGGCGUCAGAAACGCGUCUCACGCGCGCGUUAUCGCACAGGCGGUAACGUUAUGGCGGCUAAUCAGACUCUCUGUCAGGGUUUCGAUGCAUGUGCUUAUCUGUGUUAUCAUACGACCAUUUAAGCAUAUCUAAACUACUGCUGAUCUUUGUCAUUUGAAAGAUGCAUUAAUUGCCUAAUCAAAUCGCAGGUUGUUGCAAACGGAAGUAAGCGAUGAAAUUCGACUUCAAAAUGCUUAACGGAAUGGAUAGGCGUGUUUGAAAGCGCAGGUUGGGUUGCAUUGGUGUGCGUUUGUAACCAGUGGAUGCUGACGAGUCUGGGGAGAGCUUGAGGUGGUCAUUGUUCCAGCCAUGUCUCCUCCAGCAUCUGCUGCGACGGCCAGUGAGAGCAGCACCACCACUGUGUUCGAGGACGACACGGACGCGGCGAGAGAGGAGCAGAGGCCUGUGAAACAGUCACUGAGCAAGUCCAUGUGCAGAGAGGUGUUCUGGAAAUGCCUGCUGCUGUCUAUGCUCAUGUACGGCUGCAUGGGAGCCAUGGUGUGGUGCCACGUCACCAAGGUCACCCGGUUGACCUUCGACAGUGCCUACAAAGGGAAGUCCAUGAUGUAUCAUGACAGUCCCUGCUCAGAUGGCUACAUCUACAUCCCACUGGCCUUCCUCAUCAUGCUUUACGUCGUUUACCUGGUGGAGUGCUGGCACUGCCAUGCCAAAAAUGAGCUUCAGUACAAGGUGCACGUGGAGGGAAUUUACGAAAGAGUCCAGAGGAUGCAGCAGGCCAAGCCUUGCAUCUGGUGGAAGGCCAUCAGCUACCACUACGUGCGGCGGACACGGCAAGUCACGCGGUACCGCAACGGAGACGCGUACACCACCACGCAGGUGUAUCACGAGAGGGUCAACACCCAUGUAGCCGAGGCAGAGUUCGACUACGCCCACUGUGGAGUCAAGGACGUCUCCAAGCAGCUAGCGGGUCUGGAAAAGUCAGCCAUCACCAAACUGAGGUUCACCAAGUGCUUUAGCUUCGCCAACGUGGAGUCCGAAAACUCCUACUUGACCCAACGUGCACGGUUCUUCACCGACAACGAAGGAUUGGAUGAUUACAUGGAGGCCCGGGAAGGGAUGCACUUGAAGAACGUGGACUUCAAAGAGUACAUGAUUGCCUUCUCCAACCCAGACCACCAUCCCUGGUACGUCUCCAACUGGGUCUUUUGGACAACGGCCUUUCUUACCGUGUCCUGGCCGUUACGGGUUCUGGCGGAGUACCGCACGGCUUACGUCCAUUACCGUGUCGAAAAGCUCUUUGGUGCUGACUACAUAGCUGUGACGCCCUGCGACGAGAGACCUUACUGUAGACGCAUCCCGAGAGUCAACACCAUCGACAGCACCGAACUGGAAUGGCACAUUCGCUCUAACCAGCAGCUGGUGCCGAGCUACUCCGAGGCGGGUCUGAUGGAUCUGGCACAGCGCUCGGGAGGCGUCAGGCAGAACUGCGAACGCUGCCACCGCGCCAUCAGCAACUCAUCCGUGUUUUCCCGAAGCGCCCUCAGCAUCUGCAACGGCAGUCCUCGCAUCCCCUUCAGCGGGAGCCGCUUCUCCUUGGGAAGACUGUACGGUUCUCGCCGAAGCUGCUUCUGGAGAAGCGGGAGCGGGAGUCUGGACGAACCCGAGAGUCCCAGCGAGAACACGCGAUGCCUGUCCGGACGGAUCAACGCUGAUGAGGAAGACCCACCGGCCUACCAGGAUGCGCUGUACUUCCCGGUGCUUAUCGUCCACUGCAACGAGAGUUGUCCCAAUCACCGCUCCUUCCAUAGGAACAGCUCGUGUGUGGAGACGUCCUUAUGAUCGGACCUCUUUGACUACAUAAAACCACUGAAAGAAGGAGGAACAUCUCAACAUGAGAUCCUUUUGAAAAACUCGACAUGUCCUGUAACUCAGGAAUCAUUUAUUGGAAUAUUUAUCAGUCCACAACACUGUAUGCUUACAACAGAUGGAACAAUUCCCAAAUACAGGGGUUGGACAAUGAAACUGAAACACCUGGUUUUACAACACAAUAAUUUGUUAGUAUGGUGAGGGCCUCAUUUUGCAUCCAAAUACAGCACCAAUUCAUCUUGGGAAUGACAGAUGGGAAGUCCUUCACAUUGAUCAGAGGGAUUAUGAGCCGUUCCUCUUCCAGAACAGUCUCCAGGUCACUAUAUGAUGCUGGUGGACUCGCUCCUCCA